CUGUGCAAAUUUACAUGACAUUUCAUAUUUUUAUUACAAACGUCGCAGAAAGAUGUUCGUGGUGGUUCUGAAUCUAUUGAAGUUGAAGUAGUUCUUUGUAAACAAAUUUUGUAUUAGUGAUUUUUGUAAUUAUCAAGAAAUUGAAAAGAAAAAUUGUUCCCCCAGAGCUUAGAGCCAAGAGCCCAUCAUGUGCGGCUAUUACGAACGCAUCAUGAUGGAAUUAAUCCAUGUGUACGAAAUGAUACACAUAAAACCUUUAGGUCUACUAUUUCUGCUGAUAUUCUUUUAUUGGUUCUACAAAAACAUCUUCUCUGUGCAAAUUAUCCCACCCGAUGAACUACAAAUGAAAAUGAUGACACUAAUCGAUCGUAUUAGAACAAUUCGUGAAGAAAAUCCAACACUUUUCUGUGCAAUGGCUUCGGCUGUUCUAGGAACUUUAGCAAUUAUCGGACACUUUCUAUCCGGUUCUACUGUGGUGCUAAUAAGUUUGGUUGUUGCUGUAAUAUUUUCAACUAAAUAUAAUUUUAAAAUAUUGAAAAUAAAGAAAGCAGAUAACACAAAUUUGGUUAAAUUACAAGAAAAUGAAUUCGAUGAAUUUCUACCCGAAGUGAACGAGAGUAAUAUGUCGCUUUUGGAGCGUGCCAGUGAUCAAUCCAGUGCCGCCCUUCCUGCCGAGGAGGGCGAAGAGAAAAGUGAGGAAAUUCCCUCAUUUUUAAUGAUCCCUGAUUGCAUACCCGAAAUCGACGAGAACUCAACCGACGAAGACGAUGCCCUCGGUAUAGGGGUACCCGAUGAGAUAAUCGAACGUAAUCGAUCAGCAGAAAUCGAGUUCAAGAAAUCACACUUCAAGAAGGACUCGUCCGUAUCAACUUCUUCAUCAUCCGACGAAGAGAAUUUAUCCAAGGGCUUAAAGUUUCCCGAUCAUUCGUCGAAUGUAGUUGAUCAUGGAUCAUCACACAUCAAAAAAAUCGAGCUUAAUCCACAAAUGCAGCAAUCACUGAUUAUGUCAAGUACUCUCCUACCAAGCCUAGUCACAGGGCUGGUAUCAUGGGCUGGAGGUGGAGCUGCUGCAAAUGACAAUACUUUCAUGAAAAGUGAACCACAUCGUGUUGUACACGAUGACAAUAACAGAACCUAUUCGGAUGAAGAGGAUGAAAGUGAUUACGAAAUUGUUAAUACUGAAGAGUAUCAGUAAUCGAAAGAAAUUAAAAACACCAACAAAUUUUUAAACUAAAAAAAAAAAACAAAAUAAAAUAUUGUGAGAUUAUUAAAAACAAACAAAUUAUUUAAAGUAAAAAAACAUGUGUAGUGUAGUAUUUUACAAAAUUAUUAGAACUUAAUCAGAAGCAUAAUGUCAAAGAGUACUAAAUCCUAUUCGAAUAUAUAAUUAAUAUUAUUAUAAAUUAAUAUUCUCCUCGUAAAGUUUUAUGUUUUUAUGUUAUACACCAAAUUAAAUUUAAAUAUUUAUAAAUUCAAAUUAAACAAAGAAUUUAAUUAAUCUUGCAAAUUUUGUUUUUAUUUUUCGUCAUCAGUUUAUUCGAUAUCAAAAACAAACAAAGAAAAAAAAUUAAAACACUUUUUUAAAAAGUUAUUUUCGAGACUGAAAACAAACACAAAAUCCCAAGUCCAGGAAAGACUUCGAGGACAUUCUAUUUUUUGUUGUUUUUUAAAUUUAAUUUUAAUGAAAUUGCUAUGAAAUGCAUUUUAGUAUAAAAUUUGAAAGUUUUGUUAAAGAAAUCGAAAGGAAUUCCAAGAUUUCAAAGAAGAAAGUGAAAAUCCAUGUGUCUUUCAGACAAAGGGCAGGCAAAAUUAAUUGUUACAAUAUUUUUCUUAAAUAUAAAAGUUAAGUUGUUUUGUUUUAAAAGAAAAUAAAUAAGAAAACUGUUGUCAAUUACAUUUGCCAUAAAAUUACUACUUACCCAACAAAAGAAAAAAUAGAGAAAAGGUAAAACAACAAAAUUUGCAAGAUUUAAAAUUGCAACAAAGAAAAAAAAAAACAAAAAUCGAAAAUAUUAAUUUAUUUUUGUAUUUUACAACAAACAAGUAAACAAAGCAAAACAUUAUUUUUACAGUAUUUGUUGACAAAAAUGCCAGUAUGUAGAAAUUGCAUCAGCAAAAGCCAGUUAAAAUUUAUGCUAAUAAAACAAAAAAUAAAUGUGCUAAUUUUAUGGUC